CAGUACAUUACUGAGCCUCCUGAUCUAACUCAGCACCCAACAGUCCCGCCCUCUCCUGGCCAGACUAUUGUUUGGGGACAAGGGAUGUCAGAAGCUGUGACCAGGGUUUCGUGUCUUGUUUCUGAUCCUCUUCUCUUGAAAGGGCUGUGUGAGACCUUCAGGAGCAGACUACGCUCAUCAUGGUGGGUAUUCACACAGCUGUAUCAACGGCUUCUCUUUUGGCCCUCACUGCCUGGUGUUGCCUCACCAGAGCUGAUGUGGGCGACUUUACUCCCUGCGCCGACUUCCUUUACCGUGCCUCAUCCCCCAAGGGACUACUGGGGAUCCCCAUCUGCCAGCGUUACCUGAACAGGUACCGCUUUGCUUCUCUGUACAGCAGAAGAUACCGUGCACCCUGUUACUCUGCCUACAUAUUCUCAUCGCCGGCGGGAAAGAGACCUAAAGACCAUUGGAAGUAUGAGCCACAGCUGGCAUAUCCCAAAGCAGAUGGAAACAUGGUACUCUUCCGAGAGGGCAAGGUGGAUCCGAACAUUGUGGAGAGCCAAGCUGUACAGACGGACUACAUCAACUCUAGCUAUACCCAUGGUCACCUCAACCCCAACCUGCACCACCAGGACCAGGAGACGAGGAGCUCCACCUUCACUCUCACCAAUGUGGUCCCACAGAAGUCUGGCUCAAAUGGCGGUCCUUGGGCAUCGUUGGAGAGGAAUGUGAGCAAUCUCCUGAAAAAAUACUGCAAGGACAAAGCCUACAUUGUGACAGGGGCUAUGCCCUACCAAACCGAGCGCUGGCUAAAGGAGCACCGUGUAGCUAUACCAGAGUAUCUAUGGUCAGCCUACUGUUGUCCAAACUACACAAAACCUCCUGAAAACCUCAGACAUUUAUUUCCAACCUUUGCUGCCAUUGGCCGCAAUGACCCAAAUAGCACAGAGAAGAUAGUUCCCAUUGACAGGGGGAAGAAGAAACAAUUCUGGGGUUAUGAUGUAAGGACUAUGCCCCUGGACACUCUGGAGAUAUACCUGCGGGACAGAUUUGGGACUUUUGUCAGUGUGUUCUAUAACCAGUGUUCAGAGCAGUGAUGCUUGGCCCUUUCAUCACUGCAGUCUUGGUCAGUUCUUGACUUGUAUUCUCUAUCUUUUUUUGUGUUUCAACAAAUCUUGUUACCAUUUUAAACAAAGUGAUAUAAUACCUGGGUAAAGAGAUACUCUCCAAAUGGAAAGAAAAUGCCAUUGUUGCCUUUCCAACAAUCCUGCUGUUCUACUCAACCCAAGGUGCCAGGCAGAUAGUGAAAACAGUAAAUUAAACAGUAAGUGCUCUGUAAGGCUUAUGACCUCUGCACAUAUGCUAUGAUACUGAUAUGUGAAGUGUAUUUUAAACAUUAGAUACAUUUUAAUUGUAUUAAAAUAAAGCCUUAGCCAUUGACAGUGCCCUUGGGAUAAAAGCCCAUCAUUUAUUUAUUUGCCUCUGUACUCCACGAUUUGUAAUUAAAAAAUCACAUGGUUAAAGUGCACAUUGUCAGAUUUUAAUAAAGGAAAUUUGUACACUU